UUAAAUAGGCCUAUGAAGAUAAAGAUGUCGGUUUUUUUCUUAACCUGCAUCAUGAGUGACAGGACAGCAUCGGAAACUUUGUGGUUAAAAGCAUCACCAUCAUCUUCUUUCGGUUUCUGCAUGGUGUGCUAUAAAACAGGCUACCAGCAGACCGGAGUGAGUAACAAGAUACCUGGUUUCGCUUUCCACUUUACGCAAGAGAAGGUGCGUUAAGCGCUCCGGCUUCUGGCUCGCUCAGAUCAAAAUGUUGAAAAACUUUAGCCUGUGCAAAUACUUAUCUGCAGUGCUGGCACUGAUCUUGGUUUUCACCUACCAUGCUGGUGGAAAUAUGGAAGAAGAUUCUCUUUUCAAAUGUUUACAAGACUCUGAUUAUGAUUACCUUCUGAAGCUAACAGAACAAGGCCUCCCUCCAACGAAGAACCCUCAGCAUGUGAUAAUCAUCGGAGCAGGUGCUGCUGGACUCACUGCUGCCAAGUUUCUGGAGGAUGCGGGACAUAAGGUGACGAUUAUUGAGGCAAGUGACCGCAUAGGUGGACGAAUUCUAACACAUAGGGACCAAGAGGGCUGGUAUGCAGAACUCGGUGCCAUGAGGAUCCCAAGUUUCCACCGGAUUCUCAGGACUUUUGCAACAAAGCUGGGCCUGAAGUUUGGACCCUUUAUGCAGUACAACGACAACACUUACUAUUUUAUAAACGGAUUUCGCUAUAAAACCUACACUGUAAAGCAGAACCCAGAUAUUCUGAACUACCCUGUGUAUAACUGGGAGAAGGGGAAAAGUGCCAGAGAACUGUUUGACAUGGCUUUGGGCAAGUUAAAAGAUGAUCUGCAGAAAAUGGGCUGUGAGAAAAUGUUGAACAAAUAUGAUUCAUACUCAGUAAAGGAGUAUUUAGUGAACGUGGGAAAUUUGAGCAGAGGAGCUUUGCGAAUGAUUGGUGAUAUCCUGAAUGAAAACAGCUUCUACUACACAGCCCUCACUGAGAUGCUCUACAUCCAGUGUGAUAUAACUGACAAGGACACGUAUUCUGAAUUUAAAGGUGGCUUUGAAUCAUUCCCUAAAGCAUUCUACACUGUGCUGAAUGCCACAAUUCUUAAGAACUCAAAAGUCCAGGCCAUCAGUCAAAUGCAGGACAACGUGACAGUUUUGUACGAAGACUGUCGUAACCACUGCACCCUGACCAGCAUUACUGCUGAUUAUGUGUUGGUGACGGCCACAGCCAAAGCAACGCUCCUCAUUGACUUUAAACCUCCUCUCUCGGCUGAAAAGAUGGAAGCACUGCGGUCUCUGCACUAUUCCAGCUCCACAAAAGUAGUGCUGAGUUUCAGCAAAAGGUUCUGGGAGGAUGAUGGCAUCUUCGGUGGGAAAAGCAUCACAGAUCUGCCAUCACGUUUCAUUCACUACCCCAGUCAUAAUGACUCCGGGAUAACAGCCGGGGCUUUGUUAGCUUCUUACACCUCCUCUGAUGACGCUGCAUUUCUACAGACUAUUAAGGAAGAUGAGUUGAAGGAUCUGGUGUUGAAUGACCUGGUGAAGAUCCAUGGAGAACACAUCCGGCAGCUCUACACCGGCGGUGUUGUGAAAAAGUGGGGAAUGGAUCCUUACAGCCACGGCGCCUUUGCCAUCUUCACUCCAUUCCAGAUGAGAGACUAUAGUAAGUCUAUAGUCCAGAAUGAGGGGAGGAUUUACUUUGCAGGAGAGCACACGGCCAGACCUCAUGCCUGGAUUGAGACCGCCAUGAAAUCUGCUCUGAGAGCUGCAGAUAAAAUAAAUAACAAUGCAAAGUAGGAAACAAAUCAUGAUGGUUUUGACUGACUACACUCUCAGAGACUUCAAAAUAUCACUUGAAACGGUGGAUAUCACGGCACUCUGCCACCCAUCACCUUUGCCAGACUUUAUUUCCACUGCCAUGAUGCUAUUUGUCAAAUACCAACUAUAAAAAAAAAAAAAAAAAAAAAAAAAAAACAAUCUUUAAGACCCUCUUGAGGGAUGUGGUUGGCAUUUUGAAAGUGUUUGAUAUUUUAUAAAAUAGUAUCUAAAUAUAAGAUGUUAAUGAUCUUCUAAGCACUUUUGCAAAAAUCAUGAUGCUCAGUACAAUACAAUACACUCAUUACAAUGUAUUAUUAUUAAUGAUCCUGAAUUGCUUACUGUCACGUAAUUAUGCUUUUAAAUUUAAUUUAAUUAUUUUAGAUUACUGAAAUUGUAUCACAUUAUUGAAUAUUCUGGUACUGUAUUUACACAUAUUAUUUUAUUAUUAACAGUAUUAAUAAUAUCUAUUUUCUUCAAAUGAAAUGAAAUUGUAUUUACAUACCUUUUGUUCUACAUUUACAAGUUCAGUAAAUUAUAUUAAAAAAUACAUAAAAUGUUACAUAGAUUAAUAAAAUUUGGCAUUUGCUAAAAAUA